AUGAACAGCGUUUUGAUAUUUCUGGUGAUUUUUGUGAAUUUGGAGCUGGUGACUACGGUAGAUUGGGAAUUCUAUUUGGAUACGGUGGGUUUUACAGAUUUUUUAAAAGCUUCCAAGCUGAAAUUUUGUUGAAAAUCCCAAAUUUCCAGUCAAAUCUUAAAAUUUCAGCCAUUUUUUCCGGUUAACAUGAGCAAUGCUUCAAAUUUCGAGCAUUUUAGAUCAGAAAUUUCAGAUUUUAAGCUUCCAAGCUGAAAUUUAGCUGAAAAUCCCAAAUUUUCAGUCAAAUCUGAAAAUUUCAGCUAUUUUUCUGGUUAACAUGAGCAAUGUGUAUAUUUUCUUUGAAAUUUUGCCUCCUAGUGGGUUUUUGAGAGUCUGGGAAGGUUCAGAAAAGUUCCUAAAGAUUCUUAAAGCCCCCUGAAGCCCCCUAGAGCCCCUAGAGCCUUCUAUAGCUCUCGGAAGCCUCCACGGCCCUCUAGAGCCCUCCAGAGCCCCCCGGAGCCCCCAGAGCCGUCCGGAGCUCUCCGGAAGCCUCUAGGGCCCUCCAGAGCCCUUUAAAGCCCACUUGAGCCCCCCCCCCAGAGCCCUCCGGAACCUCUCAAAACUCAUUCCAGCCCGAAGUAAUUCGCUCAUGGGGUUAUCCCGACGAAACCCACGACGUCACCACCCAGGAUGGUUUCAUCCUCCAACUCCACCGUAUUCCCAACCCCAAUCGCCCCGUCAUCUUUCUCCAACACGCAUUUCUGUCGUCGAGUUUCGAUUGGGUGUGUAAUUCUCCCGGACAAUCGGCGGGUUUUGUGUUUUUCGACGCCGGUUUUGAUGUUUGGAUGGGAAAUUGGAGGGGAAAUACGUAUAGUCGAAGACAUGCCAGCUUGGAUCCGGAUGAGGAUAAGGAAUUUUGGGACUGGAGGUGAGCCUGAAGCCUUGGGAAGCCUUGGGAAGCUCAAUUUUCCACCAAAAAAUCGAUUUUGUGCCUAAAUUUCAACAUUUUCCUGAAAAAACACGAGAUUUCACUCGGAAAACGCGAAAAUUGAAAAAAAGCGCUAAACAACAGGCAAGCCGUCAUUCAGCGGAGUGUCGUUGUGAAAAAUGCGUUUUUUUUGUUGAAAAAUCGAUUUUUGAGUGAAAAUUGAUGGAAAAAUGGAAUUUUGUAGGGAAAUUUGUGAGUUUAAUAGAAAAUUGAUGAAAAUUUACAUUUUUCUGGCUGAAAUUUGAGGAAAUUACGAUUUUUAGUGAAUUUCAAGCUGAAAAUUUGUAUUUUUUUCAGAAAUUUCUGAAAUUUUCUUUGGGACACUUUGGGAAGCCUUCUGGAAAAAAAUUUGAAAAAUCCACGUGGCAACAUUUUUUAAAAUGAAAUUUCGGAAAAUUUGACACCAAAUAAGGCUACUAGGAUUACUGUAGAUAAAUCCACGUGGCAAACAAUUUUCCUCAAAUUUUUUGGUGAAAUUUGAAUUUUCAAUCCUGAAUUUUUGAGAAAUUUCAGAAAUCCACGUGGAAAAAAUAAUUUUUUUCAAAUUUUGGUGAAAUUUGAAUUUUCAAUCCUUAAAUUUUUGAGAAAUUUCAAAAAUCCACGUGGAAAAAAACCGAAUUUGCAUUUAAAUUCUGAAUUUUCAAAAAAAAAAUUCAAAAAUCCACGUGGCAAACAAUUUUCUUCAAAUUUUGGUGAAAUUUGAGCUUCAGAAAAUUUGACCUAGGGUUACUGUAGGAAGCCUUCUAAAGCCCUCUGAAGCCUCCAGAAGCCUUGGAGAGCCUACUGAAGCCCCCCAAAGCCCCCUGAAUCUUUCCAGCAUCGACCAUCACUCAAAAUUCGACCUCCCCGCCAUGAUCAACCACACCCUCACCCACACCAAUCGAGAAAAUCUCUACUACGUCGGCCACAGUCUCGGCACCCUGGCAAUCUUCCAAAAACUGAGUGUAGAUCAAAAAUUCGGCGCGAAAAUCGCGAAGAUUUUCGCGUUGGCACCAGUCGGCGCGUUGCACCAUAUGCGCGGCGCGUUUUCCUACGCUUCACGGUAUUUUGGCCAGGAGAUUCAGGAUUUGAAUAGGAAAUAUGGGCCGGCCCAGUUUUUCGGGGCCUCAAAGGGCCUCAAGUUAAUCGUCAAGUACACUUGCGGCCUAUAUACAUCGGUAGAAGAACUCUGUUCGGAUAUAGUCAUGAUGUUUGUGGGCCCAACAUCGGACGGGACCUGGAAUCAAACCCGCGUGCCAAUCUACAUGGCUCACAGUCCAGCUGGCUCGUCGAGCAACGUUCUGGAGCACUUCAAUCAAAUGGUAUCGUAUGGCGGGGUACCGUACUACGAUAUGGGUCCCGAAAGGAAUCUCGAGGUAUACGGUACCUAUCUGCCACCCGCUUAUGACUACAGUAAGAUUGCUGACGUGGAAGUAUAUUUAUUUUGGAGUGAGGAUGAUUGGCUGAGCACUAAGGAGGAUGUAGAGGGAUUUUUGGUUCCUAAAUUGGCUAAGGUUGUUAGGGGCAAUUUUAGAGUGUCGAAUUAUAAUCAUUUACAUUUUGUUUGGGGAACUAAGGCGUAUCUUGAUGUUUAUAGACCAAUUAUUGACUUGAUUAAUGAAGAUUUGUAA